AUGGAGUCUGUUCGCCAGUCUUGUCGGCCAAAGCAUCAGGUUUUGACCCUGAAAUGCUAUCCAAAAUACCAGAAGGGUGUGGCGGAGGUCAGGCCGAAUCCGAGUGAACUCUCGUACUUGCUAUACUACGCCAGUACGCGCCGCAGCAAGCUAACCAAGGUCGGCGCUUUCCUCGAAAAAAGAGUCGCUCGAGAUGUCUGGAGACGCAGGAUAGGCAAUGUCCAAGUGGCACUUCACAUUCUUGCGGCGCUUAUCGAAAAAGUCCCUCGCGAUCUGCCGAUCUACGCUCGAUCCGUUAUGACCGUCGUCGACACCGUCCUCCGAUCAAAUGAUAUUACAAUGGUGGAGGAAUCGAUCGUGCCGUUCGAGGUGUUCUGUCGGCAUCAAGACAUUGCGGCCAUUGCGGCAGACAAGGACCUGGCGCACCAAUACCGGGAAGUCGUACGGACUUACGCCAGCUUCGCCGAUCCAGCCUUUGUGGCCGAUGCCAACACAAAGUUCAGCCCCCAGGUCGCGAUUCGGUGGAGAAAUGCGGGUUUGCGGGCCAUCAAAGGCGUAGUCAGCUCGGAGAGCUUGGCGGCCGAUGGAGGGACAUCGUUGAAGCUCUGUCUACCUGUCAUCCUUGAGAAUUUGUAUUCCAGCGACGAGGAUCUUCUGGAAACGUUGAAGGCCAAGCUUCAUGAAUCGGAACCCAGUGAUGGGCCCAAACCGCGCCGCAUGAGUGUCAACACAGUACACACGGUGGACACGGCGGAGGGAGAUCCAGAGCUAGCCGCCCAGUCAGCAGAGAAUGCGGACAAGAAGGCCGAAAUGGACGCACGAGUCAUGGCUUUGCGUUGCCUCGAGCAAAUUGUUGUGUCAGGUAGUAACCGUGGUCAAAUCCGUAUUGCGGUUACUGUCAUCCUACGAUUCAUUUCAACCAAGGGCUUCCCGCAGAGUGAGAAGCAUAGUCAGACAAUUGAUGGAAAGACUGGCAAUUGGGGAACCUCACUGAUUGAAAUGAUCGCGAACUGGUGUCCCGUGCAAGUCCGUUUCAUCAUCUUGAUCACGGCGAUGGAAUUUCUACACGAAACAAGCCCCAAGGAGGAAGCGCUGGAGUCAUCAUUCACUAUUCUGUCCGUGGUUGAUUGGCUUCUCAGAUCCUCUGUGAACAUGAUUGGACUCAGUGUCAUGGAUAUUCUAUUCGGACUUAUGCACUACGCUUCCGAUAUUCUGUCUCCACCAGAUCAUUCUGGGUCAGGCCUGUCAGAGAAGAAGCCCAAUACAUUGGAAAAUGUAGUCCCGAUCUCACCUCGGCGACAGGAUCUUCUCACAUUAUUGGAGCAGUGCAUUGGAGAUCUUGCAACGCACAUCUAUUAUGGAGAGCAAGUUGCGGAUAUGAUGCGCGCAAUUCUGAGACGGUUCAAGCCGACUCUUCACCAUGACAGCUCCGCGCCAUCAACCUUGGCCACAGUCCACGAAGCUGGAGUGGCGCACAUUGCAUCUGGAUCUUCCUCGGAGACAAAUGGAGAAAAGCCAAAUUCGGAGCUCUUCUCGCAUGCCACGGCUAAGCUGACUGCCCUUCGGGCUAUCAAAGCUAUCUUGGUCGUGGCCCACUCAAAGACCCCGUCAACCAUGUCUGGGGCAGAAUCCAGACAUCCCGUCGGUAUUCAUGUAUGGGAGGGUACUCAUGGUCUUGUUCGUGACGCAGACCGUGAGGUUCGCUACGCUUACGCGGAUGCCUUCUUGUCUUGGCUGAAACUUGAGACUACCAAGAACAAUUUAAAGGCCCAGGUCGACGUUCCCAAAUACAUCAAAACUUCCUCAAAAAGAGAGUCAGACCAAGGAGACAAGUCCAGUUGGCGAAAUACCUCAGCCCCUGGGAACCAAAGAGAAUCGGUGGCUAUGGCAGCCCAAUCCAACUUCCUUCGGCUUCUUCACCUCUCUAUCUAUGACUCUGCACUUGACUCCUCCACCAACGAAGCCGAGGUCCUCCUGCUGCACCUGCUUUUGACAGGUCUAGUCGAGAAACUCGGGGUUAAUGCUGCUCAGUUUGGCCUUCCAAUGGUUCUCAAGCUGCAAGAAGAUCUGUUCACCUCGAUCGAGCUCAGUUCUUUCGCAGGCCGUGUGAACAUUGGGAGCUUGAUCCACGGAUAUCUCCUCGCACUUUCAAGAAAAUUCAACAUGGAGUCUUCCCCCAUAGGCCUUGAGAUCACCAACGAAAUUCAACACCGCCAGAGCCAGGGAUAUUGGUUCUCCAAAAUCUCUCUGCCGGCGACUGGCCUCGAGGAAAUUGACUUUGCGGGCGAUCAUAAACCCGAUAAUGAUACUUCGCCACCUCCCUUGUCGCCCUUCCGCAAUGUUGAUGGGCUUGUAUUCCUGAUUGACGAUUCCUAUCGUCAAUCUAUCUCUUCUCCCCCACAAAGUCCCCCAACAUCGCCAGCACGGGGCUUCACGUUCCCCGUCAUCGGACACUCAUCGACAACACUGUCCCAAACCGACGGUGGCCUGCCCUCUGUGACAAAAGAACAGAUGCUCUCUCAGUGGUCCCGUGAAGCAUGCCUGGCCGCAGUCGAAAAAGAAAGUGCCAGAACAAUCUCCAUCAGCGGGUCCCGAGUUGGAACUAUGAAUGCGCGCAACCAAACCAAUGGAGUCGCGAAUGGUUCUCCUGCCGAUUCACAAAUUAACAAUCGCUUGAGCAUCCCCGAGAUCUCUGGCACGUCAUCCCAAGAUUCGAGCAAGGGGUCGCCGGUUCGUAUGAACGACCUUCGGCGUGUUUUGUCGGUCACUCACGACUCGCAAAAUCGGCGACUGAGCCCACUGCGUGGCCAAGUCGAUCCAUCUAACGCAAGCAUCGGCUCCUCUGGGAGUGAAAGCAUGUACAGUGGCAACUUCUCCGUUUCUGAAAUUGAUGGCGAUGCAGCCUCCGUCCAGCCAGAGGGUCCGCAAGCUCCUGAGGACGAUGGUGCUGAAACACCCCGCCCCUCAGCUGCUGCAAUUGCCCUCCUAAGCGAUGAUCAAAAUGUAACAACUCUCAGCCGGGUGAAUUCGAACGAAGCGGUUCCCCCGGUACCACCCAUCCCAGUCAGUCUCUCAAUCCCAGGAGGCUUCCCCAACGACUCCCAGCGCUCCUUAGCUUCCGACCGUCCAUCCACAGCCCCUGGUCCUUCGCGCCAAAACUCGCAAAAAGAAAAGGAGACCUCAGGCAACCUCGCUAUUCAACCCUUGAACCGCAAUAAGAGUCGCUCAAACUACAGCUUGGCUGGGGCUGGAAUCCCCGAGCUCGUGAACGGCUACGAGGCUGACGCCCUCGACGGGACCCAUCAAGAUCAGCUGAAGAAACUUCUAGACGGAUUCCUUUCGCCAGAUGAUAGUUUCAAAGGUCGUCCUUCCACUGCGAGAACCGCUUCCAGGCUUCCGUUGGGUAGAAACCCCAGCAGACGACAGGCUAGCGGAGGCAUCGGAAGACCACCUUACUGA